AUGGGUCUUUUGUCACUGGGAACACCACUUCAUUGGAACGAAGCAAAAGAGUAUGCUGACCAUGUCCAUAAGCACGGCAUCCUGCAGUUUUUGAAUAUUUACAACAGUCAGAAAGACCAGAAAAAGCAACGUUUGCUUUGGGGUGAUGAAAUUGAAUAUUUAGUUGUCAAGUUUAACGACAAGGAAAAGUCUACCAAGCUAUCUCUUCGUGCGUUUGACAUUCUCGAAAAGUUGACAAAACCAGAAACCGAUUACGUAGAAGGAUUAACAGAUAAAGCCCCCGAUGCAUUAUGGAGGCCCGAAUAUGGCCGUUAUAUGAUUGAAGGCACACCAGGACAACCCUACGGUUCAACUUUCCGCGAUCUUAUUCAAGUCGAAGCAAAUAUGAAAUUAAGACGCAAAUUGGCACAUGAUGCUAUGGACCCUGAUGAACAUGCUGUGUCCCUUGUCAAUUAUCCUCGUCUCGGCUGUCCACAUGAACUUUACCCUGACUACGAGCCCAAAGGCUCAGCAUGUCAAAGUCUGUUUGUUCCAGAUGAAAUUAUUAACCCACAUGCUAGAUUCCCGACUUUAACAGCGAAUAUCCGUAGACGCAGAGGAUCCAAAGUGAAAAUCAAUAUGCCUAUUUUCCAUGAUAACAACACACCCAAGCCUUUUAUCGAUCCCACCAUUCCUUGGGAUCGCGACUUGUUCAAACAUGACAAAGAAGCUAAGGAAGGGGCAGCCUUACCGGAUCAUAUUUACAUGGAUGCUAUGGCAUUUGGUAUGGGUUGUUGUUGUUUGCAACUUACCUUCCAAGCGUGUUGUAUAGAUGAAGCUCGUAGAUUAUACGAUCAGUUAGCACCCGUGACACCGUUGAUGUUGGCUCUUUCUGCUAACUCACCUAUUUAUCGUGGCUAUUUGGCUGAUGUGGACGCUAGAUGGAAUGUGAUCUCUGCCAGUGUAGACGAUAGACCGCCAGAAGAAAGAGGAGAAGAGCCUCUUAAGAACAGUCGAUUUGUGAUCAAUAAGUCUCGCUACGACUCUAUUGAUUCUUAUUUAUCUAAUGACGCAACUUACAAAGCGAAAUAUGACGAUAUUGACUUGGUGUACGAUAAGGACAUUUACAACACAUUGCGUGAAAAUGAUAUUGAUGAAAAAUUAGCCAAACACAUCGCCCAUUUAUUUAUUCGUGACCCUCUGGUCAUCUUUAAAGAAUUAUUGGAUGUUGAUGACAAACUAUCAUCUGAUCAUUUUGAGAAUCUGCAGUCAACAAAUUGGCAAACAAUGCGCUUUAAACCACCACCACCCAACUCAUCCAUUGGCUGGCGUGUAGAAUUCAGAAGUAUGGAAGUACAAAUGUCUGACUUUGAGAACGCCGCUUUUUCAGUAUUUAUCGUCUUGCUCACUCGUGCCAUUCUCAGUUUUGGUCUCAACUUCUAUAUCCCUAUAUCAAAAGUGGAUGCUAAUUUACAGACUGCCCAUAAACGCGAUGCUGUCUUGAACGAGAAGUUUUAUUUCAGAAAACAUGUUUUCAACAAUCGCAGUAAGACGGAUACAGAGAAAGAAGAGGAUGAGGAUGCAUAUGAACUAAUGACCAUGGACGAAAUAGAAAAUGGAUUUCCCGGUUUCGUGCCUUUGAUUCACAGCUACCUGAAUAGUACGAAUAUUGACAUUGAAACGCGUUGCAAACUGUCUUCUUACAUCAGUUUGAUUAGCAAACGAGCUAGUGGUGAGUUGAUGACAGGUGCUGCUUACUUGAGAAAGUUUGUUCAGAACCAUCCUGCUUAUAAACAAGACUCUGUUGUAUCGUCUGAAAUCACGUAUGAUCUUGUUAAGCGCGCUGAUCAGAUUGCAAAGGGAGAGUAUCAUCCUGUCGAAUUACUUGGUAAUUUCUCGGCAUAA